CAAACGUGAAAAGGGCGACCAUCUGUCUGAAACCCGCAUCAAACCAAAUCAUUUCUAAAGCAGCUGUUCUUCGGAGGUGAUUGUUUUAGGGCUGUCUUGUGCUUCCUUGGGGCCUUCCUGUUCCUUACCACACAUCUCCCGCACUCGGUAGGAAAUGGAAUCAAAAGUCUCGGAAGGUGGCCUGAAUGUUACUCUCACCAUCCGGCUGCUCAUGCAUGGAAAGGAAGUUGGAAGCAUUAUUGGGAAGAAAGGAGAGACCGUGAAAAAGAUGCGUGAGGAGAGUGGAGCAAGAAUCAACAUCUCUGAGGGAAACUGUCCGGAAAGAAUUGUGACCAUCACAGGCCCCACUGAUGCCAUCUUCAAGGCUUUUGCCAUGAUAGCUUACAAAUUUGAGGAGGACAUAAUCAACUCAAUGAGUAACAGCACUGCUACCAGUAAACCGCCAGUAACAUUGAGGUUGGUCGUGCCUGCUAGCCAGUGUGGGUCACUGAUUGGCAAAGGAGGCUCCAAGAUUAAGGAAAUCAGGGAGUCAACAGGUGCUCAGGUUCAAGUGGCGGGGGACAUGCUGCCCAACUCCACAGAGCGGGCAGUGACAAUUUCGGGAACCCCCGAUGCAAUUAUCCAGUGUGUCAAACAGAUCUGUGUGGUGAUGCUGGAGUCCCCACCGAAAGGUGCCACCAUUCCCUAUCGCCCAAAGCCCGCCUCCACCCCUGUCAUUUUUGCAGGUGGUCAGGUAAGAGCCGACCCGCUUGCGGCCUCCACUGCCAACCUCAGCCUUUUACUGCAGCACCAGCCGCUGCCUGCCUAUACAAUUCAGGGACAAUAUGCAAUUCCACACCCGGAUCAGUUGACCAAGCUCCACCAGUUGGCUAUGCAGCAAACCCCCUUUACUCCCCUUGGACAGACCACCCCCGCUUUCCCUGGAGAAAAGCUGCCCUUACAUUCCUCCGAAGAAGCUCAAAAUCUGAUGGGCCAAUCAUCAGGUUUGGAUGCCAGUCCCCCGGCCAGUACUCAUGAACUCACCAUUCCCAAUGAUCUAAUAGGCUGCAUAAUCGGACGCCAAGGGACCAAAAUCAAUGAAAUUCGACAGAUGUCUGGAGCGCAGAUCAAAAUCGCCAAUGCCACAGAAGGCUCAUCGGAACGUCAAAUUACCAUCACAGGAACCCCAGCUAACAUCAGCCUUGCCCAGUACCUCAUCAACGCCAGGCUGACGUCUGAGGUCACUGGAAUGGGCGCACUCUAAUUUCUACCCAUCAUCCUUCAUUCUGCAUCACCUGACCCUCUCGAGCCAAUGACACUUCACCUGGCUUGUACAAUCUGUAUUUUUACUGCCUUCCCAUUUACCUCCAUAGAUACUUUUUCUUUACUAA